CGUAGUGCGAGGUCAAUCGUUUCGUUUCGUUUCACAAGCGCGUAUUCUUUCAACGAGGAUUGUUACGAUGUCAGAGAGUGAAGGAUUGCUCGACAGACUGAAGAAUCAGCUAACAUUCAACCUACCGCACGUGGACUUUGAGGGUCAGAAGUUAGCAGAAAGAAUAUACCAAAUAAUCAUGAUCUCCUUCGCGAUUGUUGGAUUUGUGUGGGGAUACAUGUGUCAGCAGCUGUCACAGACUGUGAUUAUUAUUGGUAGUGGAUUCAUCCUCUCAUGCAUUUUGACCCUCCCACCGUGGCCAUUUUACCGUCGGCAUCCUAUUGACUGGAGACAGCCUGGAGGUCAAAGCACGAAGCAAGUUCGAAAGAAGAAAGAGAAGAACAAGAGCGAAAAAUAAUGGACAAACACGUAGACUUGCAUAGAACAGGUGGCUAAUUGAAUACACACCUGUCUACGAGGUAGCACGAUGAAUCUGAGUCUAACGAGUAACUUUA